AUGGAUCCUCACAGGAUGCGGUCAGUGAAGCGUUACUGGAGGAUCCUUCGAGCACACGAGAACCGCACUAGCUCGAGAAACGUUCCAGUGGCGACCUGUUACACUCACAGAAUGGAUUUACAUUAUAUAAGCAUCAUAUACCUCACGUACAUAGUGAACGCGAUAUACGAUGUGAGAGCGGACCUGUUCUCGAAGGCUACCAAAACUAAAACAAACGAGAAGGACUUGAGGAACAGUGUCUUCGACUUCAUCAUAGUGGGAGGAGGCACGGCUGGGUGCGUCCUCGCUAACAGACUGUCUGCCAACCCUGAGUGGAAGGUUUUAGUUCUGGAGGCUGGCGACGAAGAGAACAUAGAUUAUGACAUACCAGCUGUACCAACAAAUGAAUACCGACCGAUCCUCUGGAAUUUUAGGACUGAGAGGAAUGGCUUCUCUUGUCUGUCGAGACCUGGAGGGAGCUGUGAGGUGAAGACAGGGAAGGUGUUAGGAGGGUCCAGCGUUACCAAUGAUAUGAAGUACACCAGAGGUUCAAAGAAAGAUUACGACGCUUGGCACAUCACUGGAGAAAUGGGCUCUCUGAACUGGAAGUUUGAGAAUUUAAUAGAGCAUUUCAAGGCUUCAGAAGAUAAUGAGAUUCUAACAACAAUAUCUUUCAAUUUCAUCACAUUUUCAGGCGACUACGAUGUACUGAUGAAUUCUUACUAUCAUUCCCGCGGGGGCGAAAUGCACGUUCAAAGAUUCAAACACAUCGACAAACACAUGGAGCUGUUCCUUGGGGCAUUCGCUGAGCUGGGAUUCAGGUCCGUUGACAUAAAUACUAACGCUCCGGAGGCGGCUCUCAAUAACCAGUUCGUUGUAGCUAACAAUACAAGACUUAGCACAAACAGCGCUUUCCUGAAACCAGUGAGACAUAGAAAGAACUUAGUUGUCAAGACCGGAGCAACGGUCACGAAAUUAAUUAUUGACACUCAAGAGAAUAAAGUAGACGGUGUAUUUUAUGAAUUGGAAAAGGGAAAAGAACAACUAGCUUACGCGAAAAAAGAAACUAUACUGACUACCGGUGCCAUCAAUAACGUAAGAAUACUACAUCUGUCAGGAAUAGGACCAGCGGCUGAAUUAGAGAAGCAGAAUAUAUCAGUUAUAAUAGAUCUUCCUGUUGGUUCUAAUUAUCAAGAUCAAGUGACCAUAGGCGGCCUCGCAUUUUCUCUUAGUGACGUAACUUCAGUUUCUGAACAACAAAUUGUAGAAGAUUUUAAAACGUGGUUUCAAAACAAGGGAGGUCCUCUGGCUUCACGGGGAAUCAAUCAAGUAUCAGCAUUUAUACAGUUAUUUGAAAACAAAAAUGGCCCGGACAUAGAGUUGGCAUUACAGGGAAACUAUAUAAGAAGUGACAAGUUCAUGUUAACAAAUGUUAGUGUGCAUUCAGCCGAGGAGGCCAACUUACCAAUAGCUUACUACAAUUUAGUCAAUGUAAAUCCAGUUUUACUAAAACCGAAGAGCAAAGGUAAAGUUACGUUGAAUAAGAGAAAUCCAAAAUACGGUAGACCAGUGAUUCAAGCUAAUCUGUUGAAAGAGCAGGAAGACUUAGACGCCAUUAUCGACAGUGUGGAUAUAGCACUGCAGCUACUAGAUACAAAGGAACUAAAAAAGGCUGAAAUAAAGAUGGCUCCAUUAGAUAUAUUUCCUUGUGAUCGAUUACACAACAGAGAUCAAUGGAAUUGUAUAGCAAGACACUACACGAAGGCUAUGAGUAAUCCUAUCGGCACGUGUCGAAUGGGUCAAAAUAGAACUGAUUCUGUUGUAAAUUAUGAAUUUAAAGUUCAUAGCCUUGAGUCAUUAAGAGUGAUCGACGCGUCGGUGAUGCCUUCACAUGUACGAGGCAAUAUAUUCGCACCCACCGUUAUGAUCGCUGAGAAAGGAACAAAAUUAAUUAUCAAAGACUGGAAGGAAAACAAAGGAAAUUUCUUAUAA